GUUUAGCUGCGGAGACCAGCGGCAGUUCCAAGGGCUGACGCCGCGACGGCCGAGACUGGUGAGGCGUUUGAAGAGCUACUGGACACCAGGCCACACAGGAGACAGGUAGUGAGGCUCCUGAUGAAGAGCUUCUGACCCCAAGCCCCAUAUCCACAGGCUAAUCUGCCCUGGACAAAUUCAUAUCCAGCACUGCAGGCCAACACCUGCACUGAGGGGCCAGAGCAUGGCACACCUAUUGGGCAGCCAGGUCUGCAUGGACAGCCUGCGCAAGGACCUCACCGACCUGCAGGGUGCCAUUGUGGAUGUCUUCUCCCGAGCUGGGCCUGUACGCUUUCCCUCCUGGAAGUUCCCGGAUCGUGUGGCCUGUGACCUGGACAUGGUGGCCCUGCUAGAGCACUAUGACCACGUGCCUGGGGACCCUGAAUUUACACAGCUGUCCCACGCCGUGCUACUAGAGCUGGUUAUCGACAGACUCCUGCUGCUCCUGCAGAGCUGUGCGAGUUACUUGGAGAACCUGGGCUCAGAGCAGGUGGUGGCCCCUGCCCGGGCCAUGGGGCCUUGCCUUUCUGUGGGGCUCACUGUGCGGCGCUUCUGGAACAGUCUACUGAAACUGGGAAUGCUCUUCCAACCUGCAACCCCCCAGAAAGGAGCAAACCAAGGGGAGACCCCUACUUCCAAGCCCACAGCCAGAGGGGAGCCAGCCAGGAGCCCUGAACUGGUGACUGUCAAGUUCCUCAAGGCCUCCUCUCCUGGGUCUGGCCUGCCCCUCGCCAAUCAGCAGCUCGAAAGUCUCCCUGGGCAAGUGCCCCUGCACUCUGUGGCCAGGACCGCUGUGGAAGACACCCGGAGCAUCCACUGCCAGACUGUGGAGACAGCCCUAGUGCCUUGUGAUGCAUGCAUCCGUGUGCAGGGCAGCCUGCAGGAGGUAGGCAAGGUGCUCAUUGGCCUGUGUCAGAGCCAGAACCUGCCGUCAGCCCUGAGCCAGUUCCAGCCACUGGUGCAGGACAGUAUGGGGCUCAAGCCCCUGCCAGCUGCCACCAUGGGCCAGUGGGCCACCGAGCAAAGCAAAGACCUGACACGCCUCAGCAAACAUGUGGGGGCACUCAUGCAGCUGGUGGGGCCCCUACGGGCCCAGCUGGAGGAGGCUGAGGCCCAGAAAGAAGAACUGAGGAAACAGGUGGGCCAGCUGGAGCAGGCUCUGCAGCAGGAACAGGAAGAGCGGCAGCGGCAGGCAGACGAGGCUAAGCAGCAUCAGGCUGCCCAUGAGGCUGAGCAACAGCAACUGCUGACAGAAACAAGUGACCUGAAGGCGAAGGUGACCACUCUUGAGGGGGAGCUGAAGCAGCAGCGGGAGACCAUGCAGGACAUGGAGAUGAAGUCCCAGCAGCUGGUGGAGGAGGUGGCGGGGCGGGCAGAGGCCAAGAGGCAGGUGCAACAGCUGGAGGAACAGGUGCAGCUUCUGUCUGAGCGUCUGGAUGGGGCCAGCCAGCAGAUCCUCUGGGCCAACACAGAGCUGGACAAGGAAAAGGCCCGUGUGGAUAGCAUGGUUCGCCACCAGGAGUCCCUGCAGGCCAAACAGCGAGCCCUGUUGCAACAGCUGGACAGCCUGGACCAAGAGCGGGAGGAGCUGCAGGGUAGCCUGGCUGAGGCUGAGGCCCAGCGGGCCAAUGUGGACGAGCAGCUGCAGAACCUGCAGAGUGAGAAGGAUCUAGGGUGGUGCCAGCUCCAGGCCCAGCAGGAGCUGCUGCAGAGCCUGCAGUGGGAAAAGCAGGAACUAGAGCUGACCACCACGGACCUGCGGCUGACCAUCUCAGAUCUGGAGCGGGAGCUGGCAGAGCGGGGCGAGCGAGAGCGGCUGUUGGUGGCCUUCCCAGAUCUGCACAAGCCCAGCGAGGCCCAGAUUCAAAGUAGGGGCUCAGGGCUGGUGGAAGAUACCAUCUCCACCCCCCCCCACACCCCCACAGGCUCCGGCAACGUGACCGAUGACAUGGAGAGACAGGUGCAGGCCAACAGCAUCCGCAUCCAGGUCCUCCAGGAAGAAAAUAAGCGGCUCCAGUCCAUGCUGUCCAAAAUCCAGGAGGUGGCCCAGCAGGGGGCCCUCAAGAUGGUCUCACAAGACCAACUCUGGGUACCCCCCAGCAAAGGGAAACGGGGAGCAUCACCCCCUGUCCAGUCCCCAAGGACCUCCCCAGGACUCCAGGGCAGGAGGGUUCCACUGGGGAGCCGGACAGGCAGCAUGGGCCGCACCCUGCCGGGCCAGCCCCGCUUUGCAUCCCCAGUGCUGCAGCCCCGCGGCGGCCAGCCUAGCAGGUCCCCCCUUGAGGACGUGGCCCAGCCGAUCACCUGUGCCCAAAACCCCAUCCGGGCCUUGGCGAGGCUCAGGAGGAGACUCUCCCGGAACCAGGACCAGGUCAGCUUGACCCACCUGCCCUAGGAGCAGCUCACGCAGCCUGCAGUGGAGUGGGGGGCGCUAAGGGUCUGAGUGGAAGCCCACGCAGUGCAAUAAAGCCUAGGCCAUCAACCCCUGUGA